CACCGUCUAAGCCGGUGCCUUCGGCUUAGACCUUUUUCUUCCUCAAAAUUUUUUUAAAGAUUCCAUUUUUCUUCGUUUCGAUUUUCUGUCAGUCUUGUCCAAAACAUCCGUCUUUCAGAGGAGGAGAAAUGGAUCCGAAUUCAGUUAAAUCGACUUUGUCUAAUUUAGCAUUUGGGAAUGUAAUGGCAGCAGCUGCUCGUGACUAUCAGAAGGAGCUGCUUGCCCAAGAGAAGGCACAGUCAUCAACUUCAGUUAACCAGGAGGUUGACCUUGAUGAGCUGAUGGACGAUCCCGAGCUGGAAAAAUUGCAUGCUGACAGGAUUGCAGCUCUCAAGAAAGAAGCUGAAAAGCGAGAAGCACUAAAGAGGCAAGGGCACGGAGAGUACAGGGAGAUUAGUGAAGGAGAUUUCUUGGGUGAAGUCACUGGAACUGAGAAAGUGAUUUGCCACUUCUACCAUAAGGAGUUCUAUCGAUGCAAGAUAAUCGAUAAGCACCUGAAGGCCCUUGCACUUAAGCAUCUGGAUACAAAGUUCAUCAAGCUGGAUGCUGAGAAUGCACCUUUCUUUGUUACCAAACUUGCAGUCCAAACUUUGCCUUGUGUUAUAAUUUUCAGAAAAGGGAUUGCAGUAGAUAGGUUGGUUGGGUUUCAAGAUCUUGGAGGGAAAGAUGAUUUUGGUACCAGAACACUUGAGGUUGUACUGAUAAAGAAAGGUAUAAUUAGUGAGAAGAAAAGUGAUGAAGAUGAUGAUGAUAACAAUUAUGAUGAGAGUAGGCGCAAAACAGUGCGAUCUUCUAUGAAUCAUGACUCUGAUUCUGACUGAAAGUUAAAAAAAUAAAAUUGCAGUUUUCUUUCUAGUUUUGUCCAUUGUUUAUCAACUGUGUAUGGUGAUUGUCAAUUAAAUUUUGGUUCCUUAUCUCAAGAAUUUCAGUUUGCACGCCCAUAGUUGAAUAGGAACAUGUUCACAUCAGCUGCUAAGCGCUAGUAAGUACAAAGCCUCUUGGAUUCGUGCUGAAGUUCAGCCGAGAUGGCGUGAUUCUGCAAAUUUGAAGUUGCAAUCCUAGUGGAAAAGAGAGGGAAGCUUGAGGGACAGACAAUUUACCAUGUGAUACUUACUAAGUGGUAGGCUUGCUUUAUCGCCAUAAAGGUUAUUGAUGUAUGUUUUUAGAGUUUGCCUGGUUCUGCAUCAAGUCGUACAACAUUUGUUUUGAUAUUCAAGUGCUGCUGUAACUUGCAGCUAGUUCUUAUCAUUCUAUUUA